GAACAGUACGCAAGGCGAUGCUCUGCCUCUUUCCCGAGUGUUGAGACCCUUGUGAGUGGACGCGUUUCGUGCCGUCUGGCCUAAAAUACUCCAGUAUGCGUUACGUGGCUGCUUACUGCCUCUUUGCCCUGAGUGGGAAAAGUCCCUCUGCCAAGGAUCUGGAGAAUCUUCUUGGUUCUGUUGGAGUGGACUGUGAUGCUGAACAGGCCAAGAAGGUUGUGUCUGAGCUGGAGGGCAAGGACCUAGAGGAACUCAUCAAGGAAGGCAUGGAGAAGCUAGGGACCAUGCCUGCUGGAGGUGGUGCUGCCCCAGCUGCUGGUGGUGCUGCUGCUGCCCCAGCCAAGGAGGAGGCCAAGGAAGUGAAGCAGGAGGAGCCAGAGGAAGAGUCAGAUGAUGACAUGGGCUUUGGUCUCUUUGAUUAAACUCACCUUUAACAAUAAAGUGUGAUUUUAUUA